AUGGCACAAACGGAACGACUGCCGCCCACUACUCUGGCAUCGAGCAAUAUUCUCCCGCGACACCAACGAACUGCUGAUACAGGGCGGACUCAAACGGUCCAUUGUUGCCACGGUUACAUGGAGAAUGAUUGUUGGCAAAUGAUCGUUGAGGACGACCGAGUUCGUUGGGUUGAGCACGAGCUACGGUACGACCACGGGGAACCUCGGUGUGACCACGUCGCAUGUUACUUUGAGCCAAAUCUCAUUCUCCACUCGGGUCUUACGCAGCCGUUUUACAACACUCGUCUUUUCCUCGCUGACCAUGCGUAUGAACUGCUGAUACUGCCAUUUGCACCUAAAUCACUUUUUAGGUUGUACUUGAAACCUGUCAAUGAAAUCUAUGCACGUCAUAAACUAAGAAUCAGAAGACAAGAGUCUGGUGAGUGCAUUGAUACAUACGUAGAAUCUCUGAAGCGACUUUCCAAAGAUUGUAACUUUAAAGCUGUCAAUGCUGUAUCAAGUAGAGAUGAAUAUAUCAGAGACACAUUCAUUGAUGGCUUGCUAGUACCUCACAUUCGUCAACGGUUGUUGGAAAGCUCUACUUUGUCUUUAGAUGAAGCAGUUUCUCAAGCCAGAUCACUCGAACUUGCUAAAUAUCACUCUGAACAGUACAACUUAGACAAGUGCUUACCAACAAUCAACGCUGCAGCCUCAAAACCUAUCACUGAAAAGAAUCCAUACUUGUCCAGUCCUGAUCCAACACCUUCUGCUGCCAAGCCAGAAUCGUAUCCAUCUCAAGAAAAUAUAGCGUGUUCACUCAAUCAGACAUGUUACUUCUGCGGCUUUAAGAAACACAAUAGAGCUGUUUGUCCAGCUAAAGAAGCUAUAUGCAGAGGAUGCGGCAUUAAAGGUCAUUACCAAAAGGUAUGUAGAAAAUCCAAAACACCAACUUCUACAGUAAAGGCAUCAGUCCAUCAGUCAAAUUGUAUUGCCUCAGUACCAUCGUGUUUGAGUAAAGCUGUAGUCCCAGUACAAUUAAAUGGAGUCGAUGCAUACGCUCUUAUAGAUACUGGUAGUUCUGGUAGUUUUAUCAAUCAAAGCUCAGCACUUAGAUUCAACAUCCCUGUCAUUCCAUGUAAUGGGGGAGAGGUAUCAAUGGCUUCCACAACUCUGCGUUCUUCAAUAAAAGGGUACUGUAAAAUCAAUCUUAAAUUACAAGAUCAUACUUACAAGAAUGUGGUCUUCAGCGUACUUACAAACUUAUGUUCUGACAUUAUUAUAGGACAUGACAUUCUAAAAAGACACUCAAGUUUACAAGUACAAUUUGGAGGAAAAGAGUCGCCUCUCAACAUAUGUAGUGUGGCUUUAGCUAAUGUUGAGCCAGUAGAACUAUUUCGUAAUCUAUCUCCAGAUUGUAAGCUUAUUGCAACAAAAUCUCGAAGGCACUCAGCAAUUGACGAACAGUUUAUUGAAAGUGAAAUUCAAUUACUGUUAAAAGAGGGUAUUAUUGAAGAAAGCAGGUCUCCAUGGAGAGCACAAGUCCUUGUUGUUUCAUCAGAUAACCACAAACAGAGAAUGGUUGUCGAUUAUUCACAGACAAUUAAUCGUUUUACAGAACUUGAUGCAUUUCCACUCCCUAGGAUUGAUGACAUAGUCAACAAAGUAGCUUCAUACAAAGUUUAUAGUUCUAUUGAUCUUAAGAGUGCCUAUCAUCAAAUCCCAAUAACAGAAAAUGACAAACCUUACACGGCAUUUGAAGCUUGCGGGAAUUUGUACCAAUUCACACGAGUGCCUUUUGGAGUUCGUAAUGGUGUCCCUGCUUUUCAACGUACGUUAACCAACAUAAUCACUUAUGAAAAACUUGAAGGUGUUCAGGUCUAUCUGGAUGAUAUAACAAUCUGUGGCAAUGAUCAGGCUGAACAUGACAGGAACUUGAGCAAUUUUAUGAAAGCUGUUUCCAAAUAUAAUCUUACCUUGAAUAACAACUCAAACUCUCUUCACAGAGCUCUUGGUAUGUUCUCCCACUAUUCACAAUUCAUUCCUAAAUUUUCUGAGAAGGUGAGCUGUUUAAACAGAAGUUCAUUUCCACUGAAUGAAGAAGCUAAAUGUGUAUUCCAAAGACUUAAACAAGACAUUGUUAAUGCAGUAACUUCUUCGAUUGACUGUGAUGGGUUGUUAACAGUUGAAACUGAUGCAUCAAAUCAUGCAAUAGGAGCAGCUUUGACUAUUGAUGGUAGACCCGUAGCGUUUUUCUCUAGAACACUUACUAACUCGGAACAGAAACAUUCAUCUAUUGAGAAAGAAGCAUAUGCAAUAGUUGAAGCGUUAAGAAAAUGGAGGCACUAUCUCAUAGGCAGACACUUUCGCCUUAUAACAGACCAACGAUCUGUAGCAUUCAUGUUCAGUGAUCGGAAUGCAAGCAAAAUCAAGAAUGAUAAAAUAGGGCCACUUCCUUCCAAGAGUAGAAAUCGUUAUCUUUUAAUAGUCGUAGAUGAAUACUCUCGAUUUCCAUUCGCGUUCCCUACUCAAGACACAGCUGCUAGGACUGUUAUUCUGAGACUUAAGGAACUUUUCUCAAUGUUUGGAGUACCGGCUUAUAUUCAUUCUGACAGAGGUUCAUGUUUUAUGUCUCAAGAACUAAAAUCAUUUUUAUGUUCACUAGGAGUUGCUACCAGUCGUACAACAGCUUACAAUCCUCAGGGCAACGGACAAGCUGAGAGGUAUGUUGGUAUUAUAUGGAAGACAAUCGAACUAUCACUUAAAAGUAAAAAUCUGGACAUAUCUGAUUGGGAAAAAGUACAUUUAGAAGCUUUGCACUCUAUCCGGUCGUUAUUGUGUACUUCAACAAAUACAACACCGCAUGAAAGACUAUUUCUCUUUUCUAGAAGAUCUAGUAAUGGUAAGACAACUCCAUCUUGGCUCAUGAAUCCAGGUCCAGUGCUCAUGAAACGGCCUGUCAGGAGCUCGAAAUACGAACCACUCGUUGAAGAAGUACUGCUCCUUGAGGGGAAUCCUGAGUAUUCUCACAUAAGAUAUGCAGAUGGCCGUGAAACUACAGUGAGUUCCAGGCAAUUAGCACCUGUAGGAGAAGUGUCACAUCAUGAAGAAGACUCAAACUCCAAUCUACGACAUGAAGAAGACUCAAAUCCCAAUCUACGACAUGAAGAAGACUCAAACACCAAUCUACAAAUAAAUGAAAGAAGUUCUCAAGUUGAUGCUGGACCUGAGCCUAUCUUCCAAGACGAGGAAAGACUGAAUCAGGACCAGAUUGCUCUAAGGAGAAGCUCCAGAAGUAAACACCCGCCUUUGUAUCUAAAAGACUAUGUCAGCUAGG